AUGGACCAGCUGACCCACGGUGGCCGCCCUCUGCCACCGCCCUUCCACGCACGGGACCUCCAGCUCCACCACCACCACCACCACCACCACAACCAGUUCCAGCACCACCAGCCUCCGCCUCCCCAGAACCCGGACGACGAGCAGAACAGCGGCGGCAACAGCAGCAUCAAGCUCGACGGCGGCGGCGCAGCCGACGACAACUACAACACCUCCGGCGCAGCCAACUCCGACGGCGGAGGCGGCGGCUCCGGCUCUGGCGAAGUCACCCGUCGUCCCCGCGGCCGGCCCGCCGGCUCCAAGAACAAGCCGAAGCCCCCCAUCAUCAUCACCCGGGACAGCGCCAACGCCCUUCGCUCCCACGUGAUGGAGGUGGCCAACGGCUGCGACGUCCAGGAGAGCAUCUCGGCCUUCGCCACCCGCCGCCAGCGCGGCGUCUGCAUCCUCAGCGCCACCGGUACUGUAACCAACGUCACCCUCCGGCAGCCGGCGGCCCCCGGGUCGGUCCUCACUCUCCAGGGCCGCUUCGAGAUACUCUCCCUCUCCGGAUCCUUCCUCCCCCCGCCCGCGCCGCCGGCCGCCUCGGGGCUCAGCAUAUACCUGGCCGGGGCGCAGGGGCAGGUGGUCGGGGGAGCCGUGGUGGGCCCGCUUCUGGCUUCCGGCCCGGUCGUGAUCAUGGCCGCGUCGUUCGGGAACGCGGCGUACGAGCGGCUGCCUCUUGAGGAAGAGGAGGCGUCGGGGGCGGGGCCGCAGCAGCCGGGCGUCUCUAGUGGUGGGGGGCAGAUGGGGUCGAUGCCGAUGAGCGACCCGAACCCGAACGCGGGAAUGUUCCAAGGGGCGCCGCAGAGCAUGAUGGGCUCGGUGCAGAUGCCGGCGGAGGGAUACUGGUCCGGGACAGGUCGCCCUAAUUUUUAA